AUGGCUGAGGAGUGCAUGGGGGAAUUAUGCCUCAAUAUCAUCCUGAGAGGUUUUCUCACACUCUGUGUGAUCGCCAUCGACAAACACAUUGUCGGACGACGAGACACGGUUGUCCGAUUGGGUCGCCAGUGCCAGGAUCUUCUUCGAGUUCCGGAAUGCAUGCGUGUCUUUGCAGACGUCGACCCGGGGAUGCAGAACGGAGAGAUCCGAAUGGCCGCUGAGUUUCUUGGACUCGCUGGGCUUUUGAAUGCCCUUGGAGUCCUGAUAUUGGUUGCAAAGGGUACAUUUUGGUGUACGCCCGCAUGGUGCAUCGGCGCUGUUUUCCCCGGCGUCCUGGUUCUCGUGCUAUGGACAGCGCUUCUCGUCAGCAAACGACGGCUUCUCAGGUCACCGGCCCUACUCAAAGACCCAAUCGCAGCGGCUGAAGAAGGAGAUCCUGGACUGCAAAGAUCGAUCAACUCGGUUACGGCGGACGCUUGGAUGGCAUGUUAG